AUGGGGGUUCACUACAUCCGUGCUGCAGCCCGAAGAGCCCGGCACCACAAACAGUCACAUGCACUGGUGUUCCUUGACCUUCGUGAAGCAUUCUAUCGGGUCCUACGACCGAUUUCGGUUGGCGGCCACAUUCCUGAUAGCCUUCUUGCCAAGGUUGCUGCGAGGUUGCAUCUCCCAUCGGACGCAGUUGCUGACCUUCAUGCCCUGCUCCAACUUCCAGCCAGCACUGAACUGGCAGGGAUGCCAAAGCACCUCCGCCGUGCUCUACAAGCCUUGCAUACGAACACGCACUUUCGCAUGCACGGUCAAAGUGACAGAGUUCACACACUUAUCGGCAGCAGACCGGGAGACCCAUUUGCUGAUGUGGUGUUUGGGUACAUGUUCGCCAGAAUUCUGGACAUUGUGGAGAAGCGCUUGACAGACCUUCAAAUCAUUGAGGUUUUUGAAGAUGAAGCAGCAACAGGGCUAUAUCCACAGGCUGCAGCCAACUCCAGAAUCCACCAUACCCUUUUAGGGCCAACUUGGAUGGACGACCUGUGCCUUACGAUUUCUCACGAGACAGCAGAUGGAGUGGUUAGCCGAGCCAGCACAGCCGCCAGUGUGUUGCUGGAAACGUGUACAUCACAUGGAGUCACGCCGAACUUGGACAGAGGCAAGAGUGAGAUUCUCUUCACACUUCGAGGUGCGGGCUCUCGAAAACUUCGCCUCCGAUAUUUCGGUGCUGAACAGGGCCGCCAGAUACCCAUUCUUACAGAAUAUGGCCUGCAACACAUAUCCAUUGUUGGGCACUACACCCAUCUUGGUAGUAUUGCACAUCAUUCUGGACUAUCGCACCGUGAAGUACGACGCAGAAUAGCCAUCGGGAAUGCAGCAUUCGCAUCGCACCGCAAACUGCUUUUCCAGAACCCUGGCUUCACAGCCAAACGGAGGGGUGAGCUAUUCCAGUCGCUCGUCACCAGCAAGAUCACGUAUGGAAUGGAGUCAUGGACAUUCCAAGACAAGAAAACCAAGGAGUAUUUCAGGGUGGCCUUCCUGCGACUCUACAGGAGACUGCUCAAAUUGCCCAAUACAGCCAAACUUCAAGAUUGUGAAGUACUGGCGGCAACCCAACUUCCGGCACCUGAAGUGAUGUUGAGGAUCUCACGCCUUCGCUAUCUUGGGCUCUUGUACAAAUGUGAACAGGUCACUCCUUGGGCAGUCUUACGUGCUGAUCAUGACUGGAUGGAGAUCAUUGCGGAGGAUUUGACCUGGCUGUGGACACUGAUCGCUGACACAUGCAAGCUACGCGAUCCCUCCCAACAUUUCGAAGACUGGGAAUACGUGCUCCGCUACCACAGGAGUUAUUGGAAAACACUCCUACAGCGAGGAGCGACCCUGAGUCAAAUGAAAGUAGCAGAUGAACUCCUCUUGCGUCGACUCCAUCAUGACAUCUUCAACACCUUGAUUGAGCACGGCACACUCACCUAUGCACCGACCAAGUCCAAUUUUGAUCCAGAACAACAAGCCCAACACUUUGGAUGCAUGUACUGUGCGAAGCGAUGUCGCUCCAAAGCAGGUGAAGGAGCGCACUUGUUCAAAGUUCAUGGCAUCGUUGCAAAAGAACGACAAUGGAUCGCUGGCACGUCAUGUGAAGCCUGCCUGGGUGAAUACCACAGCCAUGACAAGCUCCAGCAACAUCUACGUACAUCCCGGACCUGCCGGAUGAUUCUGAAUUCCAGACCACCACACGGAACAUUGGCGCCAGGAAUGGGAUCCAGAAUCAAUGCUGAACUACGAGAACGACAUGAUGGUCUUCUUCCCGUUCAGCGUGCGCAAGGACCGCAAUUGCAGUUGCAGGCGCUUCGACACCCGGAAGAACAUCAUGUGCCCCUGUUCGAAGACAUGGUCCUGACCAUCUAUGAGACUGACACCACCGACACUGAUGGCCUCUUCAGCGUCCUGCAGAAUGUCAUCACGCGUCAUUAUGUGGGAUGGACGAUGACGAAAACAACUUUGGAGUACACCAUUGAGGCCUUCACAGAGGAGGCCACAGUGGACGUGUUCUUCACUCGACAACAGAUCCAUGCUGUCUUGCGAAAAUUGGGCGAGGCUAUUUCCUGGAAAUUCCUCCAGGAUGAGGAUCAUGAGACUGCGGAUGGUACACACAUGUACCCACUGGAUCUCUAUGAAGGUUGGUGUGAAGAACUUCUCACCAGAGAAGUAGUCUGGACAAGAGAUGAACCGCGCUGCCCCCGACCUCAUUUCCGAGAACGCGUGGUCCUCCACGCCUACUCAGGGAGGAGGAGACCGGGGGACCUGCAAUGGUUCAUAGAUCAAGCGGUCCAGCGCAAACAGAUGGGCCCUGUCAUGGUGGUGUCGGUUGAUUUGGUAAUCGACAGCACGUGGGGUGACAUCAGCAAAUCAUCCACGCAACGAUUUUGGCUCGAUGCUAUCGCCUCUGGUUUGGUUCUAGCGAUGCUCAGCGGGCCACCAUGUUGCACGUGGUCGAUUGCUAGGGGCAAAGAAGACCGAAGUCUCCAAGCCAAAGGUCGACGAGGACCCAGAGCCAUCAGGACCCGUGAGUUCCUGUGGGGACUCCGAUCCCUAUCGCUCAGGGAGAUGAAACAGAUCCACGACGGCCACAUCCUUCUUGGAUUCAGUCUUCACGCAAUGAUGCUUCUGGCUAUGGCCGACGGGCUUGGCAUUUUGGAGCACCCGGGAGAGCCCGCCGAAGAAUCAGCCGCUAGCAUCUGGCGACUUCCGUUGGUUCAACUGCUUCUUCGUCUUCCGGGCUUUGCGCUUCGAGAAUGCGCCCAAGGUCUUUUUGGCGCGGUGAGCACCAAACGAACCAGCCUCCUCACGCUCAACCUGACGGAGCUCCCAGUGCACUUGCGGGCGAACAUGAUCCGCAAGGAGUUGCCGCGUGCUGCGACAAUAGGAGUUGAUGAGGAAGGCAGGUACAAAACUGCGGUAUUAAAAGAAUACCCUCCUGCCCUUUGUAAAGGCCUGGCCGAAGCAUUCCUUCAUCACUUCCCACCGGUUGAUGGCCAGGUGGACCUGUCACUUGGCUAUGCCUAUGUGAACUACUACAGUGUACAGGAUGCGGAAAAAGCGUUGCAGACGCUAAACUACAUGUGCAUCAAGGGUAAGCCUUGUCGGGUCAUGUGGAGUCAACGUGAUCCUGACAAGCGAAAGAAUAGCAACAGUAACCUCUUCGUCAAAGGUCUUGAUCCCAGCAUUGACAACAAAGCUUUGCACGACACCUUUAGCCAGUUCGGGAACAUCCUCAGCUGCAAAGUGUCCACCAACAACAGUGGCAAGUCCAGAGGCUUUGGUUUCGUUCACUACGAGACGGAGGAAGCGGCAAAGGACGCCAUGGAGAAAGUCAAUGGCAUGCAGAUUGCAGGUAGCACCGUCUAUGUCGGGCCCUUCAUCAAGCGUGAAGAGCGCGACGAAGCUGAAAGCUUCACCAAUCUCUAUGUGAAGAAUAUGCCCAGCAACUGGGACGAUCAGAAGAUCACCUCAGUCUUCAGCGAAUUUGGCGAGGUUGUCUCCUCCGUCUUAUUGAAAACGGAGGAUGGAAAAAGGUUUGCCCUGGUGAACUUGAAAGACCCGGAUUCCGCCAAAGCUGCUGUGGACGCCCUACAUUUGAAAGAUAUGCGAGAUCCAGAGGAGAAGCAAGCAGAGGCGGCGGAAAAGCCCAUGGAAGCAAAGGAAGAAGAGGAGGAAAAGGAUGAAAAGGAUGACAAGGAAACAAAGGAUGAAAAGGAUGAGAAGUCUAGCCGUGCGGAGCGCAAAGCGAUGCUGGAGGAGGAACGGAGCAUCCGGAACUUGUCAGAGGAGGUGACGGCGGACAAGCUCCGGGAGUGCCUUGGCGAACGCAUUGGAAACUGGUGA